AUGCUUGAAUUUUUCGAGAUAGAGUCCUCAUCAAGUAGGGUUGAUGGUCCAUGGAAGAAAGCCUUUUUGACCAAAAAAACUAGUGAAUACUUUGGAUCGCUUAACGUGCGCUACGAAAUUGUAGUAAACAAUCAUAGAGAAGCUUGCGGAAUAGUUAUCAGGCACCGCACACGUCGGAAAAUAGCCGCAGCCAAUUAUCCUGACAAAGAAGUCGCUGAUCUUCCAAAUCUUAGAAUAUUCCCGGAAAAACAAAUAAUUAGAAUCAUGUGCAUUUUUCAACAGACGUUCCCACUUAUUCCCCCAAAGGUAUCAAAAUCUCUUAAGCGUAAGGCUCCAUCACAGACUUGA